AUGUGCGAAGUUAUUGUAUUAUUCAAUGGAUUUUCCACGAAACUUGAAGAUAGAAUAAUGAAAGCGAAUUGUACUUGUACAUUAAUAAAAGCAUCGAAGAAUAUUAUCGUUGAUACGAUGACAGCUUGGGAUCGGCAGAAAAUAAUACAAGCGCUUGCGGAACAUAAUAUUAUACCCGAUGAAAUUGAUUAUGUUGUUUGUACUCAUAGUCAUGCCGAUCAUAUAGGAAAUAAUAAUCUUUUCGUAAAUGCAGAACAUAUAAUUGGAACUUGUGUCCAUCGCGGAGAACUAUUCUUUGAUAUAAAUUUUAAAAAUGAAGGAUAUAAAAUUUGUCCAGAAGUUAAAGUUAUAGCAACCCCUGGUCAUACACUGGAUGAUGUUACAGUGCUAGUUGAAACUACAAUUUGUGGAAAACCCACAUGUUUUGCUAUAACAGGAGAUUUGUUUGAAAAAGAAGAAGACAUACUAAAUCCAUCCAUUUGGAAAGAAUUAGGAACUGUGGAGUUACAAAAAACUCAGUCACAAAUGCGAUGUAAUAUAAUAGAUGUAGCAAAUUUUAUAGUACCUGGACAUGGACCAAUGUUUGCUGUUACUGAUAAUAUAAGAAGAACUAUUAAAAAUCAAGUACUUGCAUAA